CAGUGGUCUGCUUGCCGUCCUGAUGCCUAAAACAAAUUACUAAUCUUGCGAUGGAACAUGAGAAGAAGUUGUUUAAAAAUGCAAAUUCUAAGGAACAACAUAUUCCGCAGUCACUGUCACAGCCACACGAACGACUACAUGGACAAAAACUGAAAGUCAGACAGACGCAUCAACAAUAUGUUAUGCAUAAUCAAAGCUGUGUUAGACCACAGAAUACACUAACUGCACCAUGUCGACCACAGGGUUUCCAGAGUCGAGCUUUUGGAAAUCAUAUGCCCCCAGAAAUGUUCACACAACAUCCAAAAGUUGUGAACUUGCAGCCAAAUGAGAAUUUGAGUGCCCAAGUAAAAGAGGAAGUGAUUGAUGAAGAUUUUAUUGGCUCAACAUUCUUACAUCAACACUAUUCUGCGAUUGAGCAGCAUAAGCAACACCAGUCGGUCGGAGCUUCUGCAGUUCCAAAUGGAAAUCCAAAUGCAGAAGAUUGGCAUGAUCUGGCAUUGUCUGAGGUGCAACGCCUCAGGACACACUUGCCUCUUUUGAAAAAGGCAUAUGUGAGGGCAUCUGAACAGUGUCUGCAGGUAGGGCAAACAGAGAAGAUGCAGAAGUACGAGCACGAUAAGAAUAUACUGCAAAAAAUUAUCAACUUUUUGAAAUUGCCCGAGGACAGAAUCAUAUCUUACACCAAAGAGAGCUUUUAUCGAUGUGUGCAAACAAUUGAAGAAACUCUGAAAGUUCAUGAGAAUGGCAGUAUAAACAUCGCCAGUAAGCAGCAGGCCCUACAUGGGCAGCCAAGCCUUUGUCAAUCUCAUAUAAACCCAGCUCAGCAAACUGAUAGUUCUGAUAGUUCUUCUCCUAGAGCGCCACGAGAAAUAGGUUCCUUGAGGUCAGAAGCAGACUGGAUUCAGAAAUAUACUCCGCGGAAUAGGCAACAUUCAGAAAAAAUCGAGCAAGAAUUUAAGUCCUCGUGGAUAAAGCAGAAUCAGAAGUCAACAGAAAAUAUCCAGGCAAUUCGUAGAUCAGGAAUGUAUUUGGAGAAUCACUUCAACUCGAAAUUCUCUCCUCAAACUCAUGAGGCUUCACGGCUUUCUCAGAUUGCAGAGCGAGCACUUCCCAAAAUUGCUUGCAAUUCUUUGUAUGGAAGAGCUUCUCCCACCUCUCCUUCAACAGAUGGGCUUGGAAAAAUUUCUUCAAAUGUUUCCUCCCUUUGGAGCCCAAUCUCUCAAUUCUCUCAAGAAACUACUCGUUUUGGAAACAAUGGACAAUUGUCAACAACAACUCAGCCUCAUAAUCGCUUGCUUAAAGCAGUUGAGUCAAUAUCAAAUGAAGCAUUAAGAGCAGCUAUACUAGAAAUAAGUUCAGUUACGAAUAUGGAAGACAGAAUAACAGAACCGUGGUUUUGCGAAAAGGAAACACAUUUAAGCUUGCAAGAUGGGGGCGGUUCCUCAAAGAAUAUGAAGCGAAAAAUGAAUGCAACAACCUUAAAUGACAUGCCAUCGCCCUGCAGUGAUAUUGUUGGGUCUGAACCAACAGUUACAUCAAUAAGCAAGAAGCUCAAGAAACUGUCUGAUAAUGCCCUAUUGGAAGAAAUGAGAAACAUAAACAGACAUUUCAUUGAAACGGUCUUAGAGUUAGAUACGGACGAGAUUGUGAAUAGGCGAUUGGCCAAUGCGGGUACCGUUCUUCGAUGUUCAUAUAGAGCUGCAACCGAAGGUAAAAAUUCAGUGUUCCAUUCUGAAAACAACACACUAAAGUUGCCAGUGCUUUCAGUGAAGCUGCUUGUGCCCCUGGAUUAUCCAGAAGAUUACCCUGUAUUCCUAAGCAAAUUGAACACAGACUGCGGGAAUCAAGGAUAUAGAAUUACAACUUCGUACGUCUUUGCCAAACUACAGGCGCCAUAUUCUUGGGAAGGAAAUGUAGUUGCUUCGGCUAUCCUCCCUGCUAUAUCUGAUAGAUGCAUUUCUUUUGAGAGAAAUAACCUUGCAACAUGGCGGUCCUCUGGGCUUUCUCUUAGUAGCCAUGGUCUAUCUUCACAAGCUGGUGCUGAGAACAGUGGAGAGGAAGAUGACUUGGAAGAUGGGUUUUCUGAACUUGAAACACUUCCAAGCACUAAUGCACUUGAACAUAAUAAAGCAGCUGAUGAAAAUGAAGGGGAAUUGACCUCCGAAUCAGAACUUGAUGAUGAUACUGUUGAUGAUGGGACUCAAAAUGAACUGGAUUUACCUGAGGUUGAAACUGAGCUUGGUGAAAAGAUAUCUGCGAAAAGGGCUCCUUCAGAGCUGUUCAAGGCUAUUUGGAGUGCUCCGGGUUUAUCUGUUCCCAGUGCACUUGACAAGUGGGUCAGUGAAGGAAAAGAAUUAAGCCGUGCUGACGUCUCUCUGGCUAUGCUCAAUCUUCGCAGACGUCGAAUGUUUGGGAAGGCUUUGCAGUUUUCAGAGUGGUUGGAAGCAAGUGGACAACUUGAGUUCGUUGACAGAGACUAUGCUUCUCGCCUUGACUUGAUUGCAAAGGUACACGGUCUCCAUAGGGCAGAAGGUUACAUCGCUAAAAUCCCAAAAUCAUUCCAGGGGGAGGUGAUAUACCGAACUCUUUUGGCUAACUGUGUGGUCGCCAACAAUGUAAAAAAAGCAGAGGAAGUAUUUAACAAAAUGAAGGACCUUGAAUUUCCAAUCACAGCCUUUGCUUGCAACCAGUUGCUUCUUCUUUACAAGAGACUUGACAAGAGGAAAAUAGCCGACGUUCUGUUGUUGAUGGAGAAAGAAAAUGUCAAGCCUUCUCUGUUUACUUACAAGAUCCUAAUAGAUGCUAAAGGCCUUUCAAAUGACAUGGUGGGUAUGGAACAAGUUGUUGAUACAAUGAAGGCUGAAGGAAUCGAACUUGAUGUAAAUACACUUUCCAUAUUAGCGAAGCACUAUGCUUCAGGUGGGCUUAAAGACAAAGCCAAGGCCAUCUUGAAGGAGAUGGAAGAUGUGAGCUCCAAAGAAUCUCGAUGGCCUUGCAGACUUUUACUUCCCCUUUAUGGAGAACUACAAAUGGAAGAUGAAGUGAGGAGGGUCUGGAAGAUCUGCGAGGCUAAUCCUCGCAUUGAAGAAUGCAUGGCUGCCAUUGUUGCAUGGGGAAAGCUGAAAAACGUCCAAGAAGCAGAGGAAAUUUUUGAUAGAGUUUCAAAAACGUGGAAGAAUCUUUCCUCGAAACAAUACUCUACCUUGUUGAAGGUUUAUGCAGACAAUAAGAUGCUGACGAAGGGCAAGGAUCUAGUCAAGCAGAUGGCAGACAGCGGUUGCCGAAUCGGUCCAUUAACAUGGAAUGCAGUUGUGAAACUGUAUGUGGAAGCUGGGGAGGUAGAAAAGGCAGAUUCUUUCUUGCAGAAGGCGGUCCAGAAAAACCAGAUGAAGCCAUUGUUUACAUCUUACAUGAUUAUCCUGGAUCAGUAUGCAAGGAGGGGUGACGUCCACAAUGCAGAGAAAAUGUUUCAUAGGAUGAGACUAUCAGGUUACGUGGCUAGAUUCAGCCAGUUUCAAGCUCUAAUACAGGCAUACAUUAAUGCCAAGGCUCCAGCCUACGGCAUGAAAGAGAGAAUGAAGGCCGAUAAUGUGUUUCCAAACAAAGCUUUGGCAGGAAAAUUAGCCCAAAUCGAUGCAUUCAGGAAGACAGCAGUGUCAGAUUUGCUUGACUGAGGAAUUUAAUUUGAUACUCUUGGAUGUAUGAACUCCUCGGAUUUCAACUCUAUUUUACAAAUCAAGUAUUUGUUAGUUAAUCUGGUGGCUGCGCUUUGAAAUUUGACAGCAGCAUACCUGUUAGGACAAACAGAACUACACAAUGGAUUGUACUGCACGUGUGUUAUAAUAUAUUUUGUUUGUUCGAAUA